AUGGAGAGAGGGGAAUGGGACAACCAGACUUUGCUGAUGGAGUUCCUCUUGCCAGGACUGGGGGAUGCCCAUGAACUCCAGACACCUCUCUUUGUCCUCUGCCUGACCAUAUACACAGUAACCAUGGUUGGGAACAUGCUCGUCAUUGUGCUUGUCAUCACAGACCCACAUCUCCACACAUCCAUGUACUUCUUCCUGGUGAAUCUGUCCAGCCUAGAGACCUGCUACAGCUACAGCAUCCUUCCCAGGCUACUAGUCAGCUUCCUGCCUGGAGACAGGACCAUCUCUGUGCAAGGAUGUAUGGCACAGUUUUUCUUCUUUGGUACUUUUGCAACUUCUGAGUGUUACCUUCUGGCUGACAUGUCCUAUGACCGGUAUCUGGCCAUAUGUAAACCGCUGCAUUAUUCAGGCCUCAUGAACUGGAAGGUAUGCCUCCAACUGGUGACUGGAUCAUGGGUUGUGGGGCUGCUAAUUUCUACAGGAAUCACAUCUUUCAUAGCUCGCCAAAGGUUCUGUGGCCCCAAUGCAAUUGACCAUUUCUUCUGUGAAGAAGCUCCAUUGCUAGAACUUUCCUGCAGUGACACUGUCAUGAUCAGAAUUCUUAUUAUCAUAUUAUCUUUCCCAGAUGUAGUUUUCCCAUUUCUGUUCACUCUGGCAUCCUAUGUCUGCAUCAUAGCUGCCAUCCUCAGGAUCCCAUCCAGCAUAGGGAGGCAUAAGGCCUUUUUCACCUGCUCCUCUCACCUCACUAUGGUCAUUGUUUUCUGUGGAACCCUCAUCAUUGUCUACAUGCUGCCCAGAACAGUGCCACUGAGGCAGCUCAACAAAUUGUUCUUUUUUCACACAGUCCUCACACCUCUCAUCAAUCCACUCAUCUACAGUCUAAGGAACAGAGAGGUCAAGGGGACACUGGAGAGGUUGCUCAGGAGGGCUAUUGCGUGCACUGACAGCUCCAACUAG